AUGGCUGCUCCCACUAGUAAUCGGAUGUCAGUCUUAGAGGGCACAUGGGCUCUUGGGGCCAUUGCAAUCGUCGUGGUGGUGCUCCGGGUAUUUGCGAAAAUUAGGCUUCGCCAUCUCGGAACAGACGAUGCUGUAAUGAUUGCAGCUCUGUGUUUCGCCCUCGCCGCAUCGAUACUCUUCACAAUCUCAAUUAUUGACCACGGAUUCGCAUCUGGUCGUUCCGGGGUCGAUGAGUCCGCUGCUUUCAAGUUUAAUAUAAUAAUGGAGGUCUGCAGCAUCGCAAGUACCUGCCUAGGCCGGGUUGCAUUUAUCCUCUACCUUUUGCCAGUUCUUUCAAUAAGGAAAGUCUUUAAGAUCAGUCUAUGGGUACUGCUCGCGGUGCAAAUAGCGGCAAAUAUUGUGAUGAUUGUUCUCGUUUUAGCUCAAUGCCGCGAUAUCCGUGGGGUUUGGAAUGCCGAGUACGCUACGGACUGCAUGGAAGACACUAUCCAGCUCUAUUUUGGUUACUUUCUCUGCGUCUGCAACUCCUCCGCGGAUUUGAUGCUAGCAGUCUUUCCGUGUUACAUCUUCUGGGAUCUUAAGUUGAAGCCGAUCAUCAAGUUCAGCCUUAUGGUACUCACAAGUUUGGGUCUUCUCGCAACAGUCGGUGCUAUAAUGAAGACUGUAUAUCUUAAACAAAUCUUAACCUGGGUUAGUGCAGCCAAUGGAAUUAAUCUUACCUGCUGGGCUAUGAUCGAAUGCUACCUCGUUAUUAUCUCCGCCUCCGUCCCUUGCCUUCGUUCGCUAGUGGUUUCUUCCGUGCGCCAGUUUUUCGCAAGCGACAAGUCCAGCACUUUGCCUUUCACUUCAUCGUACAGGAAGAGAACAGCAAGCCAACAACGCACGACGAAUCGCGUACACACGAAUCACGAGGCCUCUGGGAGUAGGCAGAAUUUCUUCUCGGGUGCACAUGGGGAGGAAAUUGAGAUGGGGACUACUAGGACUUCUGUCAAUGCCAAUGAAAGUGACGAUGGGGCGGAGCCAGGGCGGGAUGGAAUCGCAAAGACGGUGGAUGUUAAUAUUACUUGGGAGCAAGAGCGCGGCUGA